CCAUGAUUGUGAAGUCCUGCAAUGAGGACGGUGAGAGCGCAUAACCGGAAGUGACGCCAACACGAGGUGCCGGCUUCCGCUUCUUGCCGUGGAGGUCAGAGCGUUGGAUCAGCAUGAAGCAGCAUGAGCUGAGCGUCCGGUGAAGCCCCUCCCCCCCUGAGGACAUGGCUGCACGUCUCGUCCUGCGCUUCUCCCGUCUGCUGGCGGUAUCGCCCUCCUUCCUGGCCUCGUCCUGCCCCUUCCCCUCAGAAUGUAUCCGAUCCUGCCCGCUCCACCCCCCGCGGCCCCUCACCUCUCCCCUGCACACCACCGCCCUCUGCUGGUACACCGACAACCUACCUGCCCUGAAGCAGAACAUGAACGGACCGAGCGAGAAGGAUUUCCUAUCUAUGAUCCAGUCUAUAUCCUCACCGGAGGAACUGCUGCAGAUCUCCUCCGAGCACUGCAAGAACGGGAACCGGGCGGCCGCCAUCAUUAGUCAGAUCGCCAAAGUGACGGAGACCAAUAAGGACGAAGUGGUGAACGACAAGAGGUUCGGGGAACUGCUGAGCGCGGUGAACAGACAGAUCUCCACAAUAUGGAACGUGCGGCUCCUCGGCCUCCUGCGCAGUCUGUACGCGCUCGGCGUAGACGGGCGGCACCAUCACCUGCGCUCCGUGGAGACUGAAGUACGGUGGCGCCUCAGGAAGUUCAGUAUUGAGAUACUGGGGCGUCUGGGGCGCCUUAUAGUUCCGAACGCCCAGACGGUGGAGCAGAAAGCGCUGGUUCAGGAUCUGGCCAAGAGCGUAGAGCUGAGGUGGACGGAGGUGAAGGACACGAAGACCCUGGUGAAUCUGAUCUACAGCCUCAGCCAAGUGUCCAAGACUCUGCUGGAGAGGAUGGAAGAUAAGGUGCUGGAAUAUGCAGAACUCUUCACCCCCGAGGAGUCCCGAACUAUCACCAUGGCCCUGGCAGCUCAGAAAUGCCGCUCACUGCCCAUACUGAGGGCGCUGUCUUUCCACCUAGUACAUCGGAACAAAGAACUCUGCCCGUCCGUCAUAGUAGAUUUAAUGUACGCCUACGCGAAGCUGAACUUCAGCCAACACGAGGUCUUACAGAAGAUGGCGGCCGACCUCCUCCCCAAGGUGGCGGAGCUGAGCAGCAGGGAGAUGGCGGGCUGUAUGCGUUCCUUCUCCACCCUCCGUUUCUUCAGCCUUCCGCUCUGCGAGGCCGUCGCUCAGGCCUGUCUGGAGCGCAGCAGCUCGCUGACCCCCUCACAACUCUCCAGCAUCAUCCUGUCUUUUGCGCACCUGAACUUCAUGCCGAGUCAGCAGGAGGAAUUCUUCAGUAUGGUGGUGCAGCGUCUGAGCACAGAGCUGGAGUCGCUGACCCCCCCGAUGUUGGUGGACUUGGUGUGGGCGUUGUGUGUCCUGCAACUUGUGACCCCGCCGUAUCUUCAGAAGGUUUUGGAACCACAGAUCUACAACCAGUUCAUGGGCGGACCCUCCAACAAACCCUCAAACUACAGCCUUAAACUAUCUCAGAUCAACGUCACGGCUCAGCUGGAGUGUCCGGAGUAUCGGGGGCCCUUCCUCCCCCGCGGUCUUCUCACUUCUGUGGCCCCAGGCAGCAGUCUGUCUCCUCUCCAGAACGACGUCAGGAAUGUCCUCCGAAAUGUCUUCCCAGACAAGGACACCUGUGACUUCAGUGUGAAGACCGUAUACUGCCAUCACAUUGAUGCUGAAUUUGUUUUAGACUCUGAUAAUAAUCCUUUAGCUUUAAGAACUUUUGUGGAUCCAAACGUUUUGCACAGUAACGCGACAAAACCCCGACCGGAGGGAGCGCGGAGGUUCGCAGUGAAGAGCUGGGAAUUCUCCAACUUCUGUCUGCGCAGUAAGGACCUGACGGGCGGGUUUGCACUGUGCCGAAGACACCUGCGGGCCGCCGGCUUCUUGGUGGUGGAGGUGCCUUAUUUUGAAUGGCAAGAACUGAAGUCCGAGUGGCAGAAGUCGGCGUUCCUAAAAGACCAGAUCAAGAAAGUGGUGGCUGAAGCGAUGUCGGUGUGACGGGCACCGUGGAGAUGACGGGACGUGUACAUGUAUAUAUUAUUAUGCCCUCCUGGGCCGGACAAGGCUGCACUACUGCCCGGCUCGGGAGGAACUCUGCUGUUUUAGGAUAAUCCUAUAUUUUAAUUGUGAGGGUUGUGGCAAUGGAUUGUGUGUUACUGGAGUGAACUCCUCUCGUAAACAUAAAAACUCUUCCUCAAUCACAUGGCCGUUCUGUAGAGU